AUGCCUUCCCUCGCUGACGCAGGCCACCUCCUAGGUGCCGGCGUCGACCUCGCCGUCGUCAGUUUCGACCAUCCCGCCGCCCAAGUCGCCAUGGGCCUCAUAAUGCUGCUCAGCUUCGGCUUCGCGCCCGUCUUCCUGGGUAUGACGGACGGCUACGUCGACAUGCGAUACGUGCCGCAAUGCACCCCCACGAAGGAACCGUGUGAAUACGACGACGACGUAUUCGCGGCGAACGCGGACCUGCGCCUGCGCUCUGAGGUCAGCCGUCAGGAAUUCAAACUCACAGAUGAGAAGAACACCGCUACGCAGCAGCAGCGCCAGAUCGCGGGGCUAGAGAAGAUCGAGAAGAACCCGCGGCUUGAAUACAUCAGGCGGAGAGUGGAUACCUACCAGAAGCAGAGAGAGGCGCCGAAGCCAAAAGACGCCAAUUGCCGCGCAGCUCAGCAAGCUCUGCCUAGCGGAAGCAGCCAUCCGUAUUUUGAUAACGACGAAGUCGAGAAGCUACUCGGCCUUACAACAGAACUGGAAAGUACUCUGGGCUGCAUGCUGAAGGGCAUCAAAGAUAAGAAGUCGAGGGAAGGCAAGGGUGCUGAGUUGUGCGCGUCUCACGACGUGGCUCUGUUGUGA